AUGUUCACUCUACAAGCUACAGAUGGAGGAAAUCCUCCCAACACAGCUACAAUCAAGGUACACAUAUCUGUAACAGAUGUCAAUGAUAAUACACCUGUAUUUUCACAGAAACUCUACAACAUCUCUAUAACACAGGAUGAAGGGAGUUCACCCUUAAGUUCUGUAACCAAAGUCCAGAUUCACAUAAUUAAUAACCAAAAUACUGCUCCAUUGAUAAACGUAGAUUUUGUAUCUCCUUUAUCAGAGAGCUCAGCAGCAGUUUCAGAAGCAAGUAAAAUUGGUAGUUUUAUAGCUUAUGUUAUGGUCACUGACACUGAUAGUGGACCUAAUGGUGAGAUUAUCUGUGAUUUAAAACAUGAUAAAUUUAAACUUGCCAAAAUAGAUUCUAAAGAAUAUAAAAUGGUUGUUAAGGGCCAUCUUGACAGAGAAAUGAGGGACCACUAUAAAGUAUCUAUUGUGUGUCAUGACAUGGGGUCACCUCAACUAGAAAGUAAAAAAUAUUUCUCUGUCAAAGUAACUGAUGUCAAUGAUGUAGAACCACAUUUUACCAAAGAGACAUUCCAAUUCCUCACCUAUGAAAACCAGAAAGUUGACUUCCCUAUUGGCUUCAUCAAUGCUACAGACCAAGAUCUUGGAGAUGGAGGCCAACUUACAUAUUCUAUCAUCAAUGAUAACAACAAUGAUAACAUUCCUUUCCAACUGACAAAAUAUGGAUUCAUUUCUACAUCACAAUCAAUAGAUCGAGAAAUGAAAGACAUCUAUAAGUUCAAGAUUCUAGAUAAAAAUGAUAAUGCUCCGUAUUUUACGUUUCCUAAUAAUGACCCUUACAAUCUCGAUGUCCACUACCAUCCACACAGUAAGAAGGACAUCACAAUUCUGAAAGCAUCUGACAAAGACACUGGAAACAAUGCUUUCCUCACAUAUGGAAUACUGAGAUCCAAUGAUAAAAACCUGUUUACAGUGAACUCACACACUGGUGUGUUAUCUUUCUCUCGCUCAGUUUACCAAAAUGAUGCAGGAACAUAUGAGCUGCAGUUUAUAGUGAAAGACGGUGGUACUCCAGUUCAAUCAGCAACAACUGCUAUCAUACUAACACUGUUUGUUAGUAAUGAUACAUCUCCAAUGUUGACUGCUGUGCCAUUCCAGUCUGGUCACGACCUGAAUAUGACUUGGGUAAUUAUCAUUGUAGCAGCAGCUGUAAUACUAUCUGUGGCUAUUGUAGUGUCCAUAACACUGUGUGUUUUCAGAUGUAUUAAUCACACAAAUAACUCACCCACAACAGCAGAGAAUCCCAACUUUCUCUCUCAGACUGAGAUGAGACAAUUACUGUAUCAGACUAACAAUCCUGUUGCAAUAACGAGAAAUGCAGAAGAGAUAUUUAACCGAAAUCUUCAGACAAUAAAAUCUAAAAGUCAGUUUUUUCUGGAGAUGGAACAGACACCAGAUGAGUGGAAAUUCUCAACAACACAAAGGAGACUUCCACCUGUGCCUCAGGUAAAUAUUAUUUUGGAUAAUUGA